GACUCAAACCCUCUGCAUUUGCAUCAGUGGAGGAGCCGAGAGCGGUGGCGCACGGAGACACGGACGGGAGAAAAAAAAAACUUAGAUCAACCGCGACUUUUCUGAUUCUCUGCGUUAUUCUUCAAUAUCAUUUUGAUAUUUUCUGGGACUGCCUGUGUUUUUGCUUCACACUGGCCGGAUUUCACUUGUGACAGCGCUGAAUGAGAGGCAGCGGAACGCGGAGGGAGAGCCGGAGAGAUCAGCGGGGAGGAGACUAGUGUGUACGCGGACAUCAGAGCGAGUCUCCGGGCAGCGGCUGUGCGUCUUUGCGCGGUGGGGACCCAGGACCGAAGUGGACUGCUCUGUGUUUCUCCCCCCUGUGUACAAGAAAAGGGGGUGUCGGGGGAGAAAUAACUUGACUUGCUUUUGUGGAGAAGAUCUGUGUCAUUUUGAACAGAAUCGGAGGAAGCCUAUCGGAUCGUACACUCUGCUCCACGCAUGUUGGAAGUGGACAGAGGAGGGCUGCGGGUUUGCGAGUCCUCAACACGCAGCCAAGGAUUACCUCCUGCCCGGGCAUCAUUUGACGGAGUAACAACGCAAUAAUUAAACAAAAGAAAAAGGAGUGGGUGAUUUCUUCAUAUAUCUUGGCUUCUUUGGAGAGGAUAUGGCACGGUGGGCGCUGGAGAGAAGAGCGCAGCCGGCACAGGCGAGAGGAAACAGGAGCUGAAUGACAGGAUGCCAGCGACCUGAGCCCGCACUCAGAUCACUUCCAACUUCGUUCAAAGAGACACUUCUGCUUUAUUUUGCCAAGCUCAGAGGAGGAGAGAAGAAUAUUUGCCCAAAAGAAAACCUGUCGGAGGAGUUUAAUUUCGGAUUUUCCUUUUUCUUUUUUCUUUUUUUAUAUGCGUAAUUUAAUUAUUUUGGUGAGAAAACAAGGAUGCAUUGUGGAUUAGUCUUUCUCCUGUUCAUGGGAAUCCUUUUGGUGGUCAAGGCUUUCAAAAACGAUAAAUGUGGAGGCAACAUCAGAAUCUCAACCGCCAACUACCUCACCUCUCCCGGAUACCCCUUGUCUUACCCGCCUUCUCAGAGAUGUGUGUGGGUGAUAACGGCGCCUGGUCCUCACCAGCGGAUCCUCAUCAACUUCAAUCCGCAUUUCGAUCUGGAGGACCGGGAGUGCAAGUAUGACUAUGUGGAGGUGCGAGACGGUGUGGACGAGAGCGGUCAGCUAGUGGGGAAGUACUGCGGGAAGAUCGCUCCCUCUCCGGUCGUCUCCUCCGGAAACCAGCUCUUCAUCAAGUUCGUGUCUGACUACGAGACGCACGGAGCAGGUUUCUCCAUCCGAUAUGAGAUCUUCAAGACAGGUCCUGAGUGCUCCAGGAACUUCACCUCCAACAGCGGUGUCAUAAAGUCACCAGGCUUCCCGGAGAAAUACCCCAACAACCUGGACUGCACUUUCAUGAUCUUCGCCCCAAGGAUGUCCGAGAUCAUCUUGGAGUUCGAGAGCUUUGAGCUGGAGCCCGACCCGACGCCCCCUACUGGUGUUUUCUGCCGUUAUGACAGACUAGAGAUCUGGGAUGGCUUCCCUGGAGUCGGUCCUUACGUUGGGAGGUACUGUGGGCAGAACACCCCAGGCAGGAUCAUCUCCUACACAGGCAUCAUGGCACUGACAAUCAACACUGACAGCGCCAUCGCGAAGGAAGGCUUUUCGGCCAACUUCACCGUCAUUGAAAGGACUGUUCCAGAGGACUUUGACUGUAGCGACCCUCUGGGAAUGGAAUCAGGGGAGAUAACAUCAGACCAAAUCAUGGCGUCAUCCCAGUACAACCCUUCCUGGUCCCCCGAGCGCUCCAGACUCAACUACUAUGAGAAUGCGUGGACGCCAGCAGAGGACUUGAACAAAGAGUGGAUACAGGUGGACCUCGGGUUCUUGCGGUUCGUCUCAGCCAUCGGGACCCAGGGCGCCAUUUCCCAGGAGACCCGCAAGAUCUACUAUGUCAAGUCCUACAAAGUGGACGUCAGCUCCAAUGGAGAGGACUGGAUCACCUUGAAGGAAGGCUCCAAACAAAAGGUUUUCCAAGGCAACACCAACCCAACAGACGUUGCUAAGACAAUGCUGCCCAAACCCACGCUGACGCGCUUCGUCCGGAUCCGUCCGGUUACCUGGGAAACAGGCAUCGCGCUGCGCUUCGAGGUGUAUGGAUGUAAGAUAUCAGAGUACCCGUGCUCGGGCAUGCUGGGCAUGGUAUCAGGUUUGAUCACCGACAACCAGAUCACUGCAUCCUCGCACACGGACCGGAGCUGGGUACCAGAGAACGCCCGCCUGCUGACCAGCAGGACCGGGUGGACCCUGCUGCCGCAGCCCCAGCCUUUCACCAGCGAGUGGCUGCAGGUGGAUCUUGGCGAGGAGAAGCUGGUGAAGGGGAUGAUCAUCCAGGGAGGGAAGCACCGCGAGAACAAAGUCUUCAUGAAGAAGUUUCGCUUCGGCUAUAGCAACAAUGGGUCCGACUGGAGGAUGGUGUUGGACACCAGCGGGAACAAGCCAAAGAUAUUUGAAGGAAACAGCAACUACGACACACCUGAGCUCAGGACAGUGGAGCCCCUGCUGACCCGUUUUGUCAGGAUUUACCCAGAGAGGGCCACUCCUGCUGGCAUGGGCCUGCGACUUGAGCUCCUGGGCUGCGAGAUUGAAGCUCCCACACUCCCACCUACCACACUAGUCCCGAGCACCACUCCUUCCGACGAGUGCGACGACGACCAGGCGAGCUGCCACAGCGGCACAGGUGAUGACUACGACGUGACAGGUGGUACCACGAUGCCAGAGACCACUACUGCUGAAGUGGAUACCAUCCCAGCUUUUCUGUGGUUUGCCUGUGACUUCGGCUGGGCCAAUGACCCGUCCUUCUGCAGCUGGACAUCAGAGGACACCGGGUCUAGGUGGCAGAUCCAAUCCAGCGGCACCCCCACUCUAAACACUGGACCUAACAUGGACCACACAGGUGGAUCAGGGAACUUCAUCUACACCUUGGCGACAAGUCCCCAAGAGACCGAGGUGGCUCGGCUGGUCAGCCCCAUGGUCAGCUCCCCGGACUCAGACCUGUGCGUGUCCUUUUGGUACCACAUGUUCGGGCCGCACAUUGGCACGCUGCAUAUCAAACAGCGCAAACAGACAGUUGACGGACCGGCCGACAUCCUGCUGUGGACAGUCAGUGGUCACCAAGGCAACCGCUGGAGGGAAGGCCGUGUCCUUGUGCCCCGCACUAACAAACCCUAUCAGGUGGUGAUCGAAGGUCUGGUGGAGAGAAAUAGCUGGGGAGACAUUGCUGUGGAUGACAUUAAGGUUCUCAAUGGACUCAGCAUGGGGGAGUGUAAAGAUCCUGACGUGCCCACAGAGCCGAUGCUACCAGAAGAUCACAUCAAUGAUAUCCUUGAGGAAAUCACUGAAUACCCAGACUUUGUGGAAACCAAUCAGAUCAGCGGAGCGGGCAACAUGCUGAAGACGCUCGACCCCAUCCUCAUCACUAUCAUUGCCAUGUCCGCCCUGGGAGUCUUCCUAGGCGCCAUCUGCGGCGUGGUCUUGUACUGCGCCUGCUCACAUGGAGGCAUGUCGGACAGGAACUUAUCAGCCCUGGAGAACUAUAACUUUGAACUAGUGGACGGUGUCAAACUAAAGAAGGACAAACUCAACGUACAGAGCUCGUACUCAGAGGCGUGAGCUCGGACUGAGUGUGUUCGGUGUGACUGUAUGACGCGCAGAGCUCACAGAGCGCGCACAAGACUUGCUACAGGCAUAUCCUCCCGUAUAUCCACGAGUAGGUAGGCUCAAAGGACUGCCGACGCCCUCGACUUGCUGGAUGAGGGACAGGUUCAGGAACCAAUGGGAGGUUUGGACUGAUCCACGCUUUUCUCAGGAGCUGCAGUAAAAAGAACCUACCAGUAGGGGACACUGUGUACAAAUAAAAUACAGAAAAAAAAUAUGUACAGAUGAUUUAGAUGAUAUUUUAAUUUUCUAUUUUGAUUUUCAUUCAUUUUUACAAUCGGAUGCUGGUGUUGAGACCAAUUUAUUAAUAAUGUUUAAAGUAUUUAUCGUUUUCUGGGAAAGAAAUGUUUUUUUUUUAUUAUCAGUUCAUGAAGGCUGUUUAUUUUCAACUUUUGAAAGAGACGUAUCAAAAUCCUAAAUGAACCAUAUCCGGCAAAAACUGUAGAUUUGCCCGUGGCGUGGCAUACAGGGUGUGCCCAUAACCCAUGACCCUGAAACAUGUACCCUUUCCCCUUCGACCUCUAUCACUCUAAAGUGAGGGUCCUAUUCAUGGCAAUGUAUGGUUCUGACAGUGCCUUUAGUACAUUUCGGUUGGCCUCCUCUGUUGAUCCGGGUGUUUUUUACUGUACUUGGCUUAAGUUAUGACGACAGGAAACAGGGGCACAUUAUCGUAUAAAUACCUGCAAAACGGGGUUACAGUCGAUCACAGCGCUUUGUUUUGUUCUUUUGUUGUUUUCUGUCCAAAAACCACACACUGUAAAUAAGUUUUAAUAUAUUUUAUUGCCCUUUUUAAAGAAAGUAAAAAGGAAAAAAGCUGCAGUAUCCCUUUUUUCAUGGGUUUGUUUGUGUGUGUAAAUACAAUCUUCUGACUGUUUUGUGGAA